UAAAGGUCUGACGGAAGUUCCCUAAGCUUCCGGUGGUUUGAGCGUGAGCGAUGGCUAAGCAUCACCCGGACUUGAUUUUUUGCCGCAAGCAGGCUGGUGUUGCCAUUGGAAGACUGUGUGAAAAAUGUGAUGGCAAGUGUGUGAUCUGUGACUCCUACGUGCGUCCCUGCACCCUGGUGCGCAUAUGUGACGAGUGUAACUAUGGCUCUUACCAGGGGCGCUGUGUGAUCUGCGGAGGCCCGGGAGUUUCAGAUGCCUAUUAUUGUAAGGAGUGCACCAUCCAGGAGAAGGAUCGAGAUGGCUGCCCAAAGAUUGUCAAUUUGGGAAGCUCUAAGACAGAUCUCUUCUAUGAACGCAAAAAAUAUGGCUUCAAGAAGAGGUGAUUGGUGGGUUGCCUCUUUCUCCCCUCCCCCCCUCAAGCUGCUGCAGGUGCCAGAAGAAAUACCUACUACUGCCAGCAGAAAGGGAGUGGAGCACAGCGCAUCACCUGAAUUGCCUGUGAAGACCUUGGCACCUUUCCAUCUUUUCCUCUUCUCACCCAGACGUGGCAGGAAUGGAAAACAGAUUCUUCACAGGACACUCUGGCAGACUGUACCCGAAAAAUUGGAUAGAUUAGUUCAUGGUGUUCCUUGAAUUCAUGAAGCAAGGCUGUGUUACCCAUAUCGAAAAGUUCUCUGCACCAAAAGCUCUAAAACAGGAAUGGUAUUUCCGUCUUCUGUUGGAGGCCUUGACCAUAGUGCCCUCUGCAGUGAGAAGCCUGUCUCUGCAGCAGCUCUGACGGUGGUCGUCCUCGCUGAGCAUGAGCAGUGCACGGGGAGUCUCAGAACAGCAAAUGUGGGCAUUUCACCUUGUAACAUUUACCAUGCGCUUCUGGCUCAUGUUAUUUUUCUUCUAAGAAAUUGGAAACCCUUUCUUUUGCUAUUGUAUCAAUAAAGUAGCUGUUUAUUUUCUGGAA